CACAUGCUUAUUUAGGAAAGAAUAAAGACCCCUUUGGAAGAAGAAAAACACCCUUAUUGAGAAUUGCAGCAAAUAAGCAAACAAGGUAUUUUCAGGAUGAUCUUAUUAUGCCAAAUGGUACAUUUCAUUUUAUUUGCCUCUGUUUCUGGUGGAUGUGUGACAAGGCUGUUCAAAGAUUCCUACUUUCAAGGAGGGGACAUUGCUACUGUGUUUACACCGAGUGCCAAGUACUGCCAAGUGGUCUGCACCCACCACCCAAGAUGUUUGCUCUUCACGUUUAUGGCUGAAUCAUCAGCUGAAGAUCCUACCCAAUGGUUUACCUGUGUCCUAAAAGACAGCGUCACAGAAAUACUGCCAAGGGUGAAUAUGACAGGAGCGAUUUCUGGAUAUUCUUUCAAGCAAUGCCCACACCAAUUAAGUGCUUGCCACAGAGAUGUUUACAUGGACCUGGACAUGAAAGGAAUGAACUAUAAUGGCUCUAUUGCCAAGAAUGUUCGAGAAUGCCAAGAGAGAUGCACAAAUGACAUCCACUGUCACUUUUUCACAUACGCAGGAAAGGAUUUUCCCAGCACAGAGCAUCGUAAUAUUUGUUUGCUGAAGUACACCCAAACAGGGACACCAACCAAAAUAACGAAGCUCCGCUAUGUGGCAUCUGGAUUUUCAUUGAAAUCCUGUGCGCUUUCUAACCUGGCUUGUAUUAGGGACAUCUUCCCUAGUACGGUGUUUGCAGACAACAACAUCGACAGUGUUUUGGCUCCAGAUGCCUUUGUCUGCCAACGCAUUUGUACUCAUCAUCCCAGUUGUCUGUUUUUUACCUUCUUUUCCCAAGAAUGGCCGAAAGAAUCUCAAAGAAAUCUCUGUCUCCUUAAAACAUCCGAAAGUGGAUUACCAAGUACACGCAUCAAGAAGAGCAAAGCUCUCUCUGGUUUCAGUCUACAAACCUGCAGGCAUAGCAUCCCAGUCUUCUGUCAUUCCUCAUUUUACCAUGACACUGACUUCUUGGGAGAAGAACUGGACAUUGUUGAUGUGAAAGGUCGUGAAGCCUGCCAGAAAAUGUGUACUGAUGUCAUCCGCUGCCAGUUUUUCACCUACUCCCCACCUCAAGAAUCAUGCCAUGAAAAGAAGGGCAAAUGUUACUUAAAACUUUCUUCCAAUGGCUCUCCGACUAAAAUACUUCACGGGAGAGGAGGCAUCUCUGGAUAUACACUAAGGUUAUGUAAAAUGGAUAAUGAGUGCACAACCAAAAUCAAACCCAGAAUUGUUGGAGGAACUGCGUCAGUUCAAGGCGAGUGGCCAUGGCAGGUAACACUACACGUCAUGUYACCUAUCCAGAGACACCUCUGUGGAGGCUCCAUCAUUGGAAACCAGUGGAUAUUAACAGCUGCACAUUGUUUUUAUGGUAUAGAGUCACCUAAAAUUCUGCGUGUCUAUAGUGGCAUUGUAAAUCAAUCGGAAAUAAAAGAGGGUAGUUCUUUCUUUGGGGUUCAAGAAAUAAUAAUUCAUGAUCAGUAUGAAAUGGCAGAAAGUGGAUAUGAUAUUGCUUUGUUGAAACUGGAAACAACCAUAAACUACACAGACUCUCAACGGCCCAUAUGCCUACCUUCCAAAGGAGAUAGAAAUGUAAUAUAUACUGACUGCUGGGUGACUGGAUGGGGGUACAGAAAACUAAGAGACAAAAUACAAAACACUCUUCAGAAAGCCAAGAUCCCUUUGGUGUCCAACGAAGAAUGCCAGACAAGAUACAGAGGGCAUAAAAUAACCAAUAAGAUGAUUUGUGCAGGCUAUCAAGAAGGAGGGAAGGAUGCUUGCAAGGGAGACUCAGGGGGGCCCCUGUCCUGCAAGCACAAUGAGGUCUGGCAUUUGGUGGGCAUCACAAGCUGGGGGGAAGGCUGUGCUCAGAGGGAACGGCCAGGCAUUUACACCAACGUGGCCAAGUACMUAGACUGGAUUUUGGAGAAAACUCAAGCMACAUGA